CACUGUCGCUACCGGCUUGAUCAGUAGGGAUAAAUUCACACACUUAAAAUCUGUAUCCUGUAUUUAUAUGUUUCUGUAAAGCUGCUUUGAGACAAUGUCCAUUGUUAAAAGCGCUAUACAAAUAAAAUUUAAUUGAAUUGAAAAACUCUGAUAAGGAAACACUCUGUUGUAGGGUUCAAUAUAGAAGCUUUAAGAGUCCUUUAAAUGUCUACCCUUAUAGUAGUGCAGCAGAUUUCUCACAAUGAAUAGGAUUUUUACACAUGAAAAGCAAAAUAUAAAUGGCUGAUUGCAUUGCUGCCUCUUGACUCCUGGGUCCCUGGUUUAAUCCUGAGCUUGGGUUACUGUCUGUGUGGAGUUCCUGUGCAGGGGUGUGCAGAAGGUGGGGCUCUGUGGGCUCGAGCCCCUACUCUUUUUCUACAUUAUUUAAAAGUGUCCCUCUCAACAUUAAUUAAUAAACAAUUAUAUUAUGUAAAAAGCAUUUGAAUUCAAAUAAACACGAGAGUGUGCACAAAACAGCAGCAAAUGAAUCACAAGAAAGUCUGAGAAUUUUAUGCAGUUUUAUGGAAAUCAGAGUGCUGCUGCCAAAUGUAAAUUUAAUUGUGAAAUUAAAUGCUUAAGUUUUACUGACUUUUACAGUAAGUCACAUACAGUGGGCAUGUCACUACAUUUGUGGAUGGGAAAACUUUAGUUUUUUACUGAAUUUAUUUAAUAAUAUUUACAUUUUCUUUGAAAGAUUCUUUGGAUUCAUCUCUCCAAUAAAAGUUGCCAUUUUGUUGUAAUUGUUUCUAUAAAUGAAAAUAUAAAAUAACAUUAGGCCAUGUUAGUACUGUCAUUCUCAUAUUCAUUAUUGUGACCACACACAGUCUGUUUACAAUGUCUACCAAGGUGAUAAUAUGUAGUUAAAUUAAAGUCAUUAAAGUAGUUAAAGUAAUAAAGUAGUUAAAUUAGCUCUUUGGUGAUAUACAGUUGGGGAAAUAAGUAUUGAAUGCGUCAACAUUUUUUUCACUAAAUAUAUUUCCAAUGAGGCUGUUCACAUGAAAUUUUCACCAGACAUUGGUACUAACUCAAGAAAUCCGGAAAUUUAAAGAAUUCACAACAUUAAAGUCCAUAAAUGAAGUUAUGUGUAAUAAAGUGGAACGACAGGAAAAAAAGAAAAGCAGUUCUCCAAGGCAAGGUAAGGCAGGGAACCAGCUGAGAUCAUUAAGUAAUUAUCCCUCCUAUCUGUGCAAAUUAAUAUCAGUUGCAUUAGUAAAUUGAUGGUCUAUAAAAAGGCUUUUCAUUACCAAUGUAUCACACCAGAAACAUCUCAUAAUGAGUAAAAGCAAAGAGCUCUCCCAAGACCUUCAGAUCCUUAUUGUUGCGAAACAUUGAUGGAAUCGGAUACAGGCGUAUUUGCUGAAUCUUCCAGUAAGCACCAUUGGGGGCAUUAUCUGCAAGUGGAAGCAACAUCACUCCAUCAUCAACCGGCCAUGCACAGAAGCUCCUCGCAAGAUUUCUGACCAGGGAUUCAGAAGAAUAGUCAGAAGAGUAGCCCAAGAGCCAAGGAAAGUGCUCCAGAAACACUUGGAGGCAGCAGGUGCCCUCGUCACAGAGAAAACAAUAGGCAGUGCACGCCACUGCUCAUGCUCACACCACAAGACUCCAUUACUAAAGAAAAGGCACCUUGAAGCUCGUUUAAAGUUUGCUACAACUCAUUUGGAUAGUCCUAUUAAAUACUGGGAGAGUGUAGUCUGGUCGGACGAGAGCAAAAUUGAACUUUUUGGCUGUCAUACUACACAUCAUGUUUGGAGAAGAAAUGGCACUGCAUAUCACCCUAAAAACACUAUACCAACAGUGAAGUUUGGAGGUGGAAGCAUCAUGGUGUGGGGCUGUUUUUAAUCACAUGGUACUGCCAGACUUCAUAUAAUUGAAGGAACAAUGAAUGGAGCCCUUUACUGAGAGAUUCCUGAGAAGAAUCUGCUGCCAUCCUCCAGAAUGAUGAAGAUGAGACGUGCAUGGACCUUCAAACAGAACAAUGAUCCAAAACAUGCAGCAAAGGAAACUCUCAAUUGAUUUCAGAGAAAAAAAAUCAGGACGUUAGAAUGGCCCAGUCAAUCACCUGACUUGAAUCCAAUUGAACAAGAUUUAUAGACAAUAUGUUUAGAAGAAUGGGACAAAAUACCUGAAUACUGCGGCCGAUUAAUUUAUUCAUACAGGAAACAUCUUGAAGCUGUCAUUACAAACAAAGGCUUCUCCACUAAGUAUUCAAUAAAUUCCAGUUAGCAUGUUCAAUACUUUGUUUUGCUGUGUCAUUCAACUUUAUUAACUUUAUUUAUGGACUUUAAUGUUGUGAAUUCUUUAUAUUUCCGGAUUUCUUGAGUUAAUACCGCUGUCUGGUGAAAAUUUCAUGUUAAUAGCCUCAUUGGAAAUAUAUUUACUAAAAAAAAUGUUGACUUGUCCAAUACUUAUUUCCCCCACUGUAGCCCUUUUUGUGAAUUUUUUAAAAUUUUUAUACAUUUGAGCCCCUGCCCCUGAGGAACUGUCUGCAUGUCCCUGUUCCUGUGCAUGUUCUCCAUCUAUCUAUGUGGGUUUCCUCUGGGUUGUCUGGUUUUCUCCACCUCCCAAAGUGUGUGUGUGUGUGUGUGUGUGUGUGUGUGUGUGUUUGUAUGUAACAUGUGUGUGAGUGGCGUCCUGCAAUGAAUUGGUGUUCCAUCCAGGGUGUAUUCCUGCCUUUCGCCCCAGUGUUCUUUGAAUAAUCUCCAGAUUCCCUGUGACCCUAACCAGAAUAAAGCCAUAACCAGUGCUGAAAGAAUGAAUGAAACGAUGAAAAGACAUUUUAGGAUUCUGCUCUACUGACUUGUGUGUGAUUAAAAUUUUUUGGAAUUGCUUAGUAGGCUGCAUUAUGGGUAUUCUAAACACCCUCCCCAAGUUUUUUUUUCUUUUUUUUAAAAUAAACAUUUUGGGAAAUAUUUCUGUAAAAUUAGUGAAGCUCCUGUGCUGAUGUUACAGGUUAAGCUCGUGCUCUUCAGCAGCGAGGAUGCCUCCGUGACGUCAUCGCAGUUCUCCAGCCACACGCAGAGGGGGAGCGAGUGUAGGCUAUUAAACCCGGGCGGAGUGUGAACAUGUGAACACAUGAGAAAACUGUGCAGAGAACGCACCGAGCACAGCAUCGUCUUCAAUCGGAUGUUGUUUUGGAAAGCAGCGGUCUGGUGAAUAUGAGGAUGAAGCGCCCUCUACUGUUGCUGCUGCACCUUAUGCUGGAGAGUCAGGCGCUGCGUUACUCCAACAGUUACUACUAUCAGGACUUAUCACCUGAUGGCAACGGAAACGGAGAGAUAUACUUCAGUGGUGUGCGUCUUCACGUGGAAUCUCCUCAAACUUUGGUGUCUGCUGUACAAGGAGGCAACGUGACUCUUCCAUGUGUGUACCGGUACGAGCCGGAGGUCAGUGCACCUCGCAAGACGAGGGUGAAGUGGUUCUGGCAGCCGAACACAGGUGAAACCAAAGAGAUGCACGUCAUAGUGGCUUUUGGGUCCCGACACAGGAGUUACGGUGACUUCCGGGGUCGCGUGCGUCUGCGCCGGAGUGCUCCAGGCGAUGCGUCUCUGGUCAUCAACCCGCUGCUGAGCGACGACACUGGGCGCUACCGCUGUGAGAUUAUAGACGGCCUGGAGGACGAGAGCAUCACUGUGGAGCUUCAGUUUCGGGGUAUAGUGUUCCCAUAUUUCUCUCCCAUGGGUCGCUACCAGUUUAACUUCCAGGAAGCUAAAGAGGCAUGUGAGGAGCAGGGUGCUUGUCUGGCCACCUUUGAGCAGCUGUUUGCAGCCUGGGAGGAAGAAAAGCUUGAUUGGUGCAAUGCUGGCUGGCUGGCUGAUGGGACAGCACAGUACCCUGUAUCAGUGCCUCGAGAUGCCUGUGGUGGUACAGACCUGGCACCGGGCGUCAGGAGUUACGGCGUACGCCACAAAUCUAUCGACCGAUUUGAUACAUUCUGCUUCACUUCUUCAAUCAAAGGUGAGGUUUACUUCCUGCAGCACCAGCUCAAGCUGAACUUCUCUGAGGCAGUGGAGGAGUGUGCACAGGAUGGUGCUCAGAUUGCUAAAGUGGGUCAGCUGUACGCAGCAUGGAGGUUUGCAGGGUUAGAUCAGUGUGAUGCUGGGUGGUUGGCUGAUGGCAGUGUGCGUUAUCCCAUCACCAAACCCAGAGCCAACUGCGGCCCACCUGAUCCUGGUGUACGGAGCUUCGGCUUCCUGCCUCAGCAUUUAAAAUAUGGAGUUUACUGUCACAAAGUCAGAUGGUAAGAUUCUGACACAACUGUGGUCAUCAAUUUAAAAUUCAGUCAACACAAAUGUGAAUUCUGGCAGAUGAUAUAUGGUUUGAUGAUUCAUCUUCUAAUUUCUGUAAUACAAAUGAAGGGUGUCCGAGCUGUUCCUGUGAAUCUGCAAGCAGUUUAGUUUUGAUUAAAUGGACUGAUUUGGAUUCCACUGUUACAUUUUCUGAUUUUAUAUACAGGUUCAUCAAAAAAAAUUAGAAUAUUGAGGAAAAGUUCUUUUUUUCCAUAAUUAUUUCAAAAAGUAUAACUUUCCUGUAUUCUAGAUUCAUUACACAUAAAGAAAAAUAUUUCAAGCCUUUUUUUUUGUUUUAAUCUUGAUGAUUAUGGCGUACAGCUCAUGGAAAUCAAAAAUCCAGCAUCUCAAAAUAUUAGAAUAAAGAAUUUAUAAUACAGAAAUGUCGACCUUCUGAAAAGUAUGUUAAUUUAUGCACUCAGUACUCAGUAAUUCAUGCACUCAGCUCCUUUUGCACAAAUUAAUGCAUCAAUGUAGCGUGGCAUGGAGGCAAUCAGCCUGUAGCACUGCUGAGGUGUUAAGGAAUCCCAGAUUUCUUUGAUAGCGGCUUUCAGCUUGUCUGUAUUGUUGGGACUGGUGUCUCUCAUUGGUUGCUUCUCUAUGGGGUUCAGGUCAGGUGAGUUGGCUGGCCAAUCAAGCACAGUAAUACCAUGGUCAGCAAACCAGUUACUAGUAGUUUUAGCACUGUGGGAAAGUGCCAAGUCCUGCUGGAAAAGGAAAUCAGCAUCUUCAUAAAGCUUGUCAGCAGAUGAAAGCAUGAAGUGCUCUAAAAUCUCCUGGUAGACACUGCAUUGACUCUCGACUUGAGAAAACACAGUGGACCAACACCAGCAGAUGACAUGGCACCCCAAAUCAUCACUGACUGUGGAAACUUCACACUGGACUUCAAGCAGCUUGGAUUCUGUGCCUCUCCACUCUUCCUCCUGCCUCUGGGACCUUGAUUUCCAAAUUAAAUGCAAAAUUUACUUUCAUCUGAAAAGAGGACUUUGGACCACUGCGCAAUGGUCCAGUUCUUUUUAAAGGCUAAGGAAACCUUUGCAGGUGUUGAGUUAAUUAGCUGAUUAGAGCUCUUCUCAGGUCGACAUUUCUGUAUUAUAAAUUCUUUAUUCAAAUAUUUUGAGAUACUGGAUUUUUG